AUGGCCGAUUCUCACUUCAUCAUUCGUUACCUCAUAGAGAACGGCAUCUCCACCGAUCCAGACGACGGUUUGACUCCUGCCCAAAAGGCCGAGUCGAGGGCAUUCCAGGCGUUGAUGGAAGACGUCUUGUACACCGCUAUCGUUUGCGAACGGUGGUAUGUCGAUGAAAACUACGCUACUUUGGUCAAAGAGAUGUUCUCGUCGAUCCCUUGGCCUAUCAGGUCGGUGGUGUGGGGCGGCACUCUUUGGAGGAGAUCUAUAGGCUGGAGAAGGAAGGUUUCGAGGCACUGGAUGCGCGUCUAUCUUUGCACCUAUUUUCACGGUGAUAAACCAUCUCUUAUUGACAUCACCAUCGGUGGUUUCCUCGCGAACUGCUUGGACACAAAAGCGGACCCCUACUUCUCGGAUAAGGUCAUGGCAAGCCCUGUCCUUCGCUCUUUCUGCCAUCGGAUAAAUGCACCGUUGUUCCCAGAAUACAAGCACCUGCUUGGUGAGCUCACCGCUGGGGAUAAACCGUCUGAAGAAGGCACUGCAGAAACGUCCUAG